AUUUCUCCUAAUUUUUGCCCUCGAUCCCUUUCGUUUUCUUGAGGGACUCUCUCCGCCGAGCACGAGCAAAGUUAACUGUACUCGCCUCUCCGCUGUCCUUCACUUCUUCCUCUACCACUGCUUACCGUCUUACCCCUCCAAUUAUUCGCCGCCGCGCCUCCGCUCUCUACUGCUGGGAUGAUGGGCCCGGAGACCGCCUCCGGUUUCGGUCCCCCGCUCCCUUCCGAGGUCAGGGCGUCCCUCCCCCUCUCCUCUUCUUCGUCGUCCUCCUCCUCCCCUUCCAUCUACCGCAGCGCCGUCAGUGGCGAUCCUUUGCUCUUCCCAUCCACCUCGUCUUUCUCAUCUUCAUCGUCCUUCGUCGACCCCCCUUCAUACGCCGACGCGGUCUUCCGCCCCGUCGAGCCACAGAACGGAAUAGAUUCUACUUCGGGAAACGCUACGGCUUUCUCCAGAUCCGGUCGCGCCUCCACGUCUGACUAUCUCGAGAUCACCGUCACCGACCCCCAGAAGGAGAAUGAUUCCGCAACCUCACUCGUUCCCGGCGGUGGCGCCUACGUAACAUACCUCAUCACCACCCGCGUCCGCGUAGCCGCCACCGCGUACAGCGUUCGACGCCGAUUCCGCGACGUUGUCACCCUCGCUGACCGUCUCGCAGAAUCCUACCGCGGCUUCUUCAUUCCGAUCCGCCCCGAUAAAAACGUGGUCGAGUGUCAGGUGAUGCAGAAGCACGAGUUCGUUGAGCAGCGGCGAGAUGCUUUGGAAAAGUAUUUGCAGCGCCUUGCGACGCAUCCGGUCGUUGGCUGUAGCGAGGAACUUAGGGUUUUUCUCCGAGCGCAGGGAAAGCUGCCACUGUCACCAACGACGGACGUGGCUUCAAGGAUGCUUGACGGGGCGGUGCGGCUACCAAGGCAGUUAUUUGGGGACGGAGCGUACGGCAGCGUGGCACCACAGGAAGCGGUGCAGCCCGCGAGGGGUGGAAGAGAUUUGUUGAGGAUGUUUAAGGAGUUGAAGCAGUCUGUCACGAACGAAUGGGGAGGGACGAAGCCAUUGCUAGUGGAGGAGGAUAAAGAGUUCUUGGAGAGGAAAGGGAAGAUACAGGAACUCGCACUGCAGCUCAAUGCCACCUCAGAACAGGCCGAGGCACUAGUUAAAGCACAACAUGAUACUGGAGAAGCACUGGGCGAGUUGGGUCUGGCAUUCAUUAAACUGAUUAAGUUGGAAAAUGAUGAGGCCAUAUAUGUGCCUCAGAGAGUGGGAGCUGCUAAUACCAAAAUAUUGGCAACUGCCGCUGUUAAAGCAAGCAGAUUUUACCGAGAAUUGAAUUCUCAAACAAUUAAACACCUGCAGGACACUCUGCAUGAAUACAUGGGAUUGAUGUUAAGCAUUCGUAAUGCAUUCUCGGAACGAUCUGAUGCUUUAUUGACAGUACAAACACUUCUAUCAGAUCUUACUUCUUUACAUGCUAGGGCUGAAAAGAUUGAAUCUGCUUCUGCCCGGGUAUUUGGUCGUGAUGAUUCAAGAAUUCAAAAACUAGAGGAGAUAAGAAGAACAAUAAAAGUUACAGAAGAUGCUAAAGAUUGCGCUACUAGAGAGUACGAAAAAAUAAAGUAUCAAAAGCUUUGGAGCAUGGAGCAACAUUCUUGUGAGACCCUAAAAGGUGAUCCUUCAUCCUAGUCACACUACCCUUCACAACUUUGUUAUAAUAAUUGCAUUUUAGAUAGAUAUAUAUUUUAUCACUUCCCCCUACAUCCACCUGAGUGUUAUGUUUCUAUGUUGGAUCUUUUCUAUGAUCUGAUGCAGCUUUAUCCUUCUGAUCAUCAUUUAUGAAAAGAAUAUAUUAUUGCAAUAUAUCAAACCCCUAAACAUAAUGCUUCACUUAUUCUACAUUAAGAAAGCUUAUAUAAAGCAUGCACUUAUGAAGAAGCAGACUAACACUAACAACUAAUACUUAAGAUGAUGAAUACAAUAAUAUGCCGGUCAGCCGGGGGUCCAAGGGGGUGCUGCCCCCUGGCGGGGUUCGACCUAUUUAUUUUUAAAGUUCGUAAGUCGUUUGUAUGGAAAUAUACCAAGCGGUACCGAGCAUGCACCGAGCAUGUACCUAGUGGUGCCAAGCAUUAUUAUACCGAGUGGUAUCGAAUAGUACCGAGCAUGUACCUAGCGAUACCGAGUAGACAGACCGAUUGUGGAAUCUUACUCAGCAGAAUAUGGAGGUCCUUAUGAUAGAACGGACCGAUCUUGUAUUUCACAACAAGUGAUAGAUGGAAUCGCGAAGAAGAAGAGCUUUCAAUAGUCGGUCGAAGGAGACUCCAGUUCAACUCGUGGUAGAUGAGAACUCCAAGCAAUAGGCGAAGAGCAACUCACGGUGGAAAGAAGUCGACGCUAGUCGAAUGGAAGGAACUCAUGAAGAGGGGAAAAUGUCGCUCGAAGAAGAAGGGAGAAUAAACCUAGUUUUGGUUCGGAAAUGAUCGAAGAUGCACGAGGGUGGGGGGCCUAACCGAAUAGAUAUAUAUUAGGUUAGGAUUUUUUUUUUUUAAUUUUAAGAAGAGGACGCCUCUAAAACAUGAGGCGAGGAGGCGCACCUCAGUAAACUUGAGGCGUACGCCUCAAUGCUAGCUCUCAUUGUGUAGGCUUUGAGGCUUCAAAGUUUAAAAUUGCGCUGAGGCGCGCCUCUUAUUGCGCAAUUUUAAACCAUGUGUUGUUGUUAUUGUUAUAGAAAUUGAAGCCUUAUCUAUAGAUACAUACAUUAUAUGGUUGUCAAUGUGGUUUAGGUUUUAAAUACACACAAUUAAUAACUGAAGUGGCCACAAAUUCUAUAUACUUUUCACCGUUAUAUGAUAAGCUUAUAUAUAUUUUCAUCGUGCUAAAAUACGUUUAAAACAUAGUUAUUUUCCAAUUAAAUUUAAUUUUGGUCUGGGCAUAAUUCAUCUUAUAGCAAUUAAAGGAUGUUUCAAUAAUGUAUCUUAAGAAUCUCUUAUUUCUUUUUCAAAUUCAUGCAUUUCAUCUCCUUAAUUUUUCUCACCAUUCGUAUCUUUCACUUCAGAUGUAAAGAGAUCUCAUCUUUUAGAUUUCCAGUUAAUCAAGGAAUUAAAAGUAAAAAUAACACAUUCAACUAAAAAUUUUAUUCAAUUAUUAAAUUUUGUUUGAGUUUUGUGUAAACUUCAAAUCUUUAUUUAUAAUCACAAAUCCUGUUGGUAUUCCAUUUCCAUCCAUCAC